GCAUUCGGUGUGACUGAGUACUUUGACAUCAUCAACAAGCAUUGGGGUGAAGCUUUGAAAAAGCUGCACGAGGAGCGUGCUGCACGGAGGAAAGCCUUGCCUGACACCUCGGCAGUUGAUGAGUCUCCAAUUGAGAUUGCUGAUGAUGACGGGGCGGAUCUCGUUUUGUUGGAGCAUCAGUCCCUUGAGCAAGCAGAGCGGGGAAUCGUCAGUGAGACCAUGGAUGUUGAUUGCGGCGACCCAGCAAAGCCUUCACUCAAAGAAGUCAAUGACAGGAUUGCACGGGUCAAGCAUGCUCUGGAGCAAAGGCGCCUGGCCCACGCGGUGGCAAGCUCCAAAGAGUCCGUUGACACGAUGGAUACUCAGGGCUACGAUUCCAAUGCAGCGGCUGCUGAACACUCGCAGUUUGACCCAUACCAAAUUCCAGUGGGAGCUGUUCUUGAUUUUGACGGUCAGAGGGCCAAACCUUUUGCGAUGUGCGGUGCAUCACAUGAUGAAGAGAAGGCUCUACUUGAUGCUGAGGCUCAGCUUCUUUGCCUAAGAGCUCAGAAGGAGAAGGAUGCUGAGGAAAGGCUUGAACGUGAAAGCGAGGAGAAGUCUGGUGUUGAGCAAUGUGAAGCUCAACGU